AUGAUAGGACCAGGUCUGCAGACUAAUCUCCUUCCUCCCUUUGAUCACUCUAACCCCUUACCCUUUGGCCUCCCUCACAAACUUCCCUUAGUCCAGAAUUCUGCCGCCUGUAUCAUCUCCAGAACCCGGUCCAGUACUCCCAUCAGUCCUGUUCUCCAGCAGCUCCACUGGCUCCUGGUCUACUACUUCAUUAAGACUUCUAACCCUCAGUCUAACCCUCAGUCUAACCCUCAGUCUUACCCUCAGUCUUACCCUCAGUCUAACCCUCAGUCUAACCCUCAGUCUGACCCUCAGUCUAACCCUCAGUCUGACCCUCAGUCUAACCCUCAGUCUAACCCUCAGUCUAACCCUCAGUCUUACCCUCAUCUAACCCUCAGUCUAACCCUCAGUCUAACCCUCAGUCUAACCCUCAGUCUUACCCUCAGUCUCAACCCUCAGUCUUACCCUCAGUCUUACCCUCAGUCUUACCCUCAGUCUUACCCUCAGUCUGACCCUCAGUCUGACCCUCAGUCUGACCCUCAGUCUAACCCUCAGUCUAACUCUCAGUCUAACCCUCAGUCUUACCCUCAGUCUAACCCUCAGUCUAACCCUCAGUCUAACCCUCAGUCUAACCCUCAGUCUAACCCUCAGUCUAACCCUCAGUCUAACCCUCAGUCUAACCCUCAGUCUAACCCUCAGUCUUACCCUCAGUCUAACCCUCAGUCUAACCCUCAGUCUUACCCUCAGUCUAACCCUCAGUCUUACCCUCAGUCUUACCCUCAGUCUAACCCUCAGUCUUACCCUCAGUCUAACCCUCAGUCUUACCCUCAGUCUAACCCUCAGUCUUACCCUCAGUCUAACCCUCAGUCUAACCCUCAGUCUAAUCCUCAGUCUAACCCUCAGUCUAACCCUCAGUCUAACCCUCAGUCUAAUCCUCAGUCUAACCCUCAGUCUUACCCUCAGUCUUACCCUCAGUCUAACCCUCAGUCUAACCCUCAGUCUCAACCCUCAGUCUAA